AUGUCCAUCCGAUUCAUUAAUGAACCGCUGGUGCCCUAUGCGGGGCUAGGUACGCAACAAGACCGCCGCGACCAGAUUGUCGCGUCUAUAUUUAUGCGCGCGCGCAUGUUUCUCCGCUGCGUAACAAGUAAACAAGUGCCGGGGCGGCAUAAGCAUUGGCGGCCGCCGAGCGGCUUAUUACGCGGCAAAUGCGCCCGCUUAUUUAUGCGCGCGAGACGCGCACCAAAACCGCGCGCCGGCAUCAAUCCCCUCGCUAAUCCCCGGAUUAUUUGCGAAAUGAGCGAAACUGCAUUUAACGAGGCGACGCCGCGCGCGCAGCGUUUAUUUCGGUCGAUGCAAAUGAUCGCGGCAUACCUACGGCCCGUUUAUGACGCCCUGGUCGCUAAGUUCAUACGCCAUCGACAUCGCGAUCGGCGCGCUCGCCGUUUACCGGGAGCUCACUCGGAAUACGUUAGCCGCGGGGGAGGGGGCGAGGAAUUUGAGGAGCCGCUAGAACACCGGGCGCCGCGCGACGAAUCGCAAUUAGCCGCGGCCGACGUGCGCGCAGAUUUAUGCCCCGUCGUCGGCUCUCGUGCGCCGACUCGGCUGCCAGUUCCCAACCCAAUAAAUUCUAGAUCGGGAAGAGAGCGCGCCGCGACUGCCAAAUGGCCGAAAUCGAUCCGCUCGGACCAACGUCACCAUACCAUCGCGGCUAUCGGGUCGCAUCGGCGGCCAUUCGAAACAUUC